CCUGGAUACGGUGAGAAACCCGGAAGUUAGGGGAGAGGAAGGAACCGGAGUGCACAGGCAGGGGAGCUCGGGGAUGAUGAAUUGGAACAUUUUCAAACCUGAGCCAAAAAAGCAGAUUGUCCCAAAAGCGGUGGAGCGGGACUUUGAAAGGGAAUAUGGGAAAUUGCAACAACUCGAAGAACAGACAAAGAAACUCCAGAAAGAUAUGAAGAAAAGUAUAGAAGCAGAUUUAGCCAUGUCAAAGUCAGCAGUGAAGAUUUCUUCAGAUCUGCUAGCGAAUCCCUUAUGUGAACCUGACCCUGGUUUUCUGGAAAUGGUCACGGCAUUAGACACAGCAAUGAAGCGUAUGGAUGCUUUUAAUCAGGAAAAGGUGAACCAGAUUCAGAAGACUGUGAUGGACCCUCUUAAGCGGUUUAGCAGUGUUUUCCCAUCUCUGAAUAUGGCAGUUAAACGCAGGGAGCAAGCACUUCAGGAAUACAAGAGACUCCAGUCAAAGCUGGAGAAAUAUGAAGAGAAGGAGAAGACUGGAGCGGCGAUUGCCAAAUUGCAUCAGGCCAGGGAAGAAUUGCGUCCAGUCCGGGAUGAUUUUACUGCAAAAAACACCCAGUUAUUGGAGGAGAUGCCACAAUUCUACAACAGCCGUGUUGAUUACUUCAAACCAAGCUUUGAGUCAUUGAUCCGAGCACAGGUGGUUUAUUACACAGAGAUGUCCCGAGUAUUUGGUGAUUUGGCCCAGCAGGUGGACCAGGUGGAACUGACAGAUCAAGAACGAGAGAGAGAGAAUGAGGCCAGGCUGGCAGAGUUGCGUGGACUUUCUAUAGUUGCUGAUGACUAACCACUGACCCUCAUACCUCAAUAUGUGGAUACUUUGAAAAGAAAGGGCAAAAAGCGACAAUUAGGAUUGUUACUUACAGGUAACCUCAACUUCAGUGUUUGGUGUCCAAACCACUCCAAUAAGGAACUCCCAAGUGAGGUUACCUGAAAGAGCAUGUAUUGGUAAUCAGAUAUCUAGGACUUGGGCCAAUCUUGUGUUGCAUUUCACUCAAAGAUAAUAUGGAUAAAAUCUGAUUUGAUGAUGACCCAUCACCUGAUGCUCAGAAUUGCCAUUUACAUUUGUCACUAGUGCUCUUUAUUUGUAAAUAAUUGGGAGAUAUGUGGGAAAGUCAAGUAUUUUGUGCACAGCUGAUAGUUAACGUUAUUAAGCUAGCUAAAUCCUGAGGUGCCUUAGUACUUAUACAAAGUC